AUGGUGCAGGGACGCCAGGGCCAGCGCGUCAGGCUCUACGUGCGGGGCACCAUCCUGGGCUACAAGAGGUCCAAGUCGAACCAGUACGAGGGCACGUCGCUGCUGCAGGUGGAGGGGGUGAACACCAAGGAGGACGUGUCCUACUACGCCGGCAAGCGCAUCGCUUACGUCUACAAGGCCAAGACCAAGAGCAGCGGCACCACCGUCCGCUGCAUCUGGGGCAAGGUCACGCGCCCCCACGGCAACUCCGGCGUCGUGCGCGCGCGGUUCCGCUCCAACCUCCCCGCCACCUCCAUGGGCAAGAAGGUCCGCGUCUUCAUGUACCCCAGCAGCACCUUUUUUGCCUAUUCUAUUUAG